AAGAGCUGGUUCUACCGACGACGGCAGCGCCGCAAGAAGUGUGACGGCCGCAGCGAGAAACACACACACGCGACGGUAAUAAGGCCACGCGACCUCGAGCGCCUGAACACGUCAACAGAUCCCUACCCGCCUGCCAUGGUGACCACCAUGGGCCUGCUAGGCCUAAUCCUGCUGGCGUCCAUAGCGCCCACCUGCAUGGGUGACGUCGCCCCAGAUGCCGGUCGUCCCCAGUCGGCGGGGGUGGACGCCCCUCAAGCCCGGCCCCAGGCGCCCGCCUCCGACGAGGACAAGCGCGCCUGGCAGGACCUUGGCUCCGCCUGGGGCAAGCGCGCGUGGAGGGACCUGGGCUCGGCCUGGGGCAAGCGCGCCUGGCAGGACCUGAACGGCGGAUGGGGCAAGCGGGCAUGGCAGGACCUGGGAUCGGCCUGGGGCAAGCGGGCAUGGCAGGACCUGAACGGCGGAUGGGGCAAGCGCGCCUGGCAGGACCUGGGCUCCGCUUGGGGCAAGCGCGCUUGGCAGGACCUGCAGGCGGGCUGGGGCAAGCGCUACGACUACCCGGAACUGGCGCGCGACUCCGACGCUCCCUUCCUCGUGGAGUUGCCCGCAGCCGCCGAAGUCGACGCCGACGCCCGAGACGACGAGUACCCGAGCGGCGACGAAAAGCGCGCCUGGCGGUCGCUGGGCGGCGCCUGGGGCAAGCGCGCCGGCGACUGGGCAAACUUCCGAGGUUCCUGGGGGAAGAGGGAGCCCGGCUGGAACAACCUGAAGGGCCUGUGGGGCAAGCGGGAGAGCAAGUGGACCAGGCUGUCCCCGGUCUGGGGCAAGAGGUCGGCCUGGGGACUGAGCGGCAUGAACGAAGAGCCGGGAUCUUCUAGCAAUGAAGAGUAGAAAAGCGAGGGAAGAAAGGAAGAAAAAAAACAACAGCGAUCGACGCGGCUGUUCUCUCCGACAUUUGGGAAUGGUCUAUGCCUGCCUUGCGCCGCCGCCGGCUUCUCCUAACCUCGGACACCAACGCAACCCGCAGCACAUCGCCGUCUCGCGGGCUGCGGCAACCUCCAAGAGAAGGGUCCCCACGCUUUCUCCGGACAGAUGAGCUUACACCUACGUGUGUCCGCUCCUCUUCUGUGACACAACUUAACUCAUUGGUUUAAAAAAUAAAAAUAAAAAGUCUUCGAAAUAUAUGAAAGUAGCCAAUGAAAGUUUAUCAACCCUUUAUCACGAACGCAAACGUUCAACUAAUAUAAAAUUUAAAAAAUAUAUAUUAUGUAUUUAUAAAUUAAUUCAAAUAUGAAAGAAACCAAUAAAAACUGAUCGACUGUUAACCGAAAACAGUGUUACACAACGUUAAAAUAAAAAAAGACUUAAAAUUGUCAAGUGUUUGUUGGAUGCAGAAAAAUGAUAACUAAAUUCCUUACUAAUUUUACAAUUUUUUCUUCUUUUUACAAAGGAACUUAAAUUUCAGUCAAAUUUUGGCUUCCUUUAUAAUGGUAUUGUAAAAUAAAAUUUAAUAUCAUUAAAAUUUAUAAUCCACAGCUGAGCACUAUGCUUAAUGAAUUAAAAGUUAAGUCAAAUAUUCGUGAAACAUUGAUCUCAAUUGUUAUAAACUUUUAAAGUUGUCAAUAAAUCAAAAGUCUGAAAUUUUCUAUAUAAUUUUCAUUAUUUUAAUAAUAUUUUUCUUAUGUUUUAAAAAACAAAAUGCUAUUGGAUGCUACAUAUUUUAUUCGAUACUCGCUGAUAUUGUGUUGAAAUUUUAAUAAAUAUUUUGUUUAGGAAAUUGUAACUGUUUAUUGUUUUUGUAACCCAUUGUCACAUGUAAAAGUAAUUACUUUGAAAAGGUAGAGUACUGGGUGUUUAGAUGUAUAAAAUUAUAUAAAAAUUAUUUGUCAGUACAUCUUUCCAAUCCUUCAAGGAAACAUUUCAUGAGACCAUAUCCAAAUGUCAAAAAUAAUUGUAACGCAUAUUAUGUAACCUAAUGUUGUAUAGCCUUUAUCAAGAAAUGAAUCAAUGAACUAUGGACGUUCACUUUUUUUCGUGUUAUCAACCAUUAAAAAAACUUUUAUUCGCCUUUAUUUUACAGGAGUGAUAUUUUGUUAAUAAAAUGCAUUUACCUAAAA